ACGUAAUACGUAAAUUGUGACUUUUUGACAUUUCGGUGACUAAGAAUUUAAGCGAUUCAAAAGAGAGAAAAACCCACGAACCGAUGAAAUCACAUUGUCGGAAAAUAUAUUUUGAUCCAAUAUUUUCUUUUCUCGAAUUGACGUCUGCGAGUCUCUGUUGAAUGAUGUUUGUUCGGUUGAUUUGUCACUUGGCAUAGGAAAAUCUCCGAACAUUUACGGUUUAAGUGUGUAAAAUAUUCCGCGAAUAAGAGAAAAGGCAAAAAAAAUGUGUGACUUUUAAAAUUGUUGUUUUGUGGUGUGCUGAACAUUGUGACCGCGUAAUUUAUUUUUAGAAUUUUCGUGUAUGUUCAAAGGAAAAUUAAUCGUAUUCACAAUAAAUGAUGUGAAAUAGUGAUUCUGGUAAAUUCGAAAUUUAUCUUUGACACGUUUUUUCCACCUCAUCGGUUUCGAUUUGUGCCCACUUCAAUAUCGAAUUCAUCAAACAUCAUAAAUUGGCUCAAAUUUCAUCGUUUCCAAUUGAAAGUUGAUCAAAACGUUCAACCGCAACCAAUACCAAAAAAUUCACCAAAUUCAAGGAAAUUCAAUUGUGACUUUAAUUUAUGUGCAUUUAAUAAAUUUCGGUGAAAUGGCUAAUCAAGUGGUUCAAGUUGUAUUGCGUUGUGAAGCGGCGGCUGAAACAGAACAUCUGGAUCUCUCCGAGUGCCAAUUAGUACAAGUACCAGAUGCUGUUUACCAUUUGAUGCGAAACACGGAACUGAAAACUUGUGACUUGAGCUCAAAUGUUAUUAAGAAAAUACCACCAAAAUUUGCGAUGAAAUUCAGUUUGAUUACAGAUUUGAAUUUGUCAAACAAUCAAAUUAACAAACUACCAGAUGAACUGGCAGAUCUUGGACAAUUGUUGCGAUUGGAUAUUUCACAUAAUUUGUUCUUGUCAUUGCCAAAGGUUGUGUUCAAAAUGCCAAAAUUGCGUCAACUAAAGGCGAACAAUAAUGCAAUCAUCGACGUUGAAACGGAUGAAAUAAUCACAACCGAAUCACUUGAAUUGGUCGACCUCAGAAAGAACCCAUUGACACCACAAUGUUUGGAUCGGCUACGCAAUGCUCGUGUAUCAUUUCACAUUGAACUGCCGGAACGUGUAAAAGAGGACUGGGAAGAUUUGAGCGUUUAAAUCCAAUCAAUUAUUUUUUCUAUUCACCUUCGAUAUAUUGAAUCCUAUUGGAUUUUUUAUAUAUGUAGUAAACGUUGAUCGUUUUUAGACGUUUUCGAUGACAUUAUGUUCUAUGUGAUGAUAUUUUUUUAUACAAUCAACAACACAAGCCUAGACUUAUAAAAUUGCAAGUGCAUCAUUAGGUUAAGACUAUAGCUAAAAAAAAUGAUGAGCUCCGUUCUCAUAUUUAAAAAAAAAAGAAGAAGAAAGUCUGGUGCAUUAAGCGUCGAGUGACACAAUAAAUCCAAACAAAUUCAUCCAAAUUGUGAUCGUUGUCCAUCAAUCAUUGUUACUUUUUUUGGUCACUGUCAAGUAUUAUGUGAAGGAUAUUUUGCCUCUCAUUAUUUGUUGUAGGAGUGAUUUAAGUGUGUUUUCUUGUUCGCUCGUGUACUAAAACUCUUUUACAUAUGUAGUUUUAUAUUGAAACGAUUCAGUUAUAUGUUAUCAUGUUGUUUGGAAUCAAAGUCGUCCAAAUAUCGGAUUCCAUCCAUUUAUAAUUGAAAUGAGGCUAUUCCGUCAAGUCAAGUAGCAAUUUAUUUAAACCUUAAGUUAAGAGGUUAAUGCAUUAACAAAUUGAUCGGUUUUUAAAGCGUAACAAACCAAAUUAGAUUAAGUACCGAAUGAAAUACUCAAUCCAAUGCCAAGACUGUUAACAUCCAAGCCGAUUAUUUACGCAUAUAUAUAUUGUUUCUAACCAAAUUAUCCGGUUUUUUUGUAUUAUCGUUGUUUUCUUGAGAUGCUAUAUUAUAAUAAUUUUUUUAACAGAGUUUGAUAAAACGUGAUUAUGGACAAGAAGAUGUAAGAGUGAUAUAUUGAAAAAUGAUAUAAUCAUUCAUCUUUUGAGUUCUUUUUUUAAGUUUAUAACGAAAAUUUUGAGACAACUUUGAAGAAUUGAUAGAUAAAUUUAAUGAGAUAUAUAUAUAUUUUAUGUUACGAUAUAGUAUUUAUCUGUAUAUUUACCAUUUUUGUUGUAGUUCAUGUAUUUUACCUGUUUGUUCUUUUGAAUAUAAAUUCAACCAAAUCCACCAUAUUCUGUAUAAAUUGUAGAUAACCAAAAUCAAAUCAAUCGCAUAAAUUCGGUUGUACUAUCAAAUUUGUUACUAAAUUGUUAAAUAAAAAAAAAACAAUAAGGAACUACACAGAAA